CUCUUCUCAAUAUUAUAUAUUUACUUUGUUGAGAAAGCAAUAUGAAUUUUGAAUAUGAACUUAUAGUUUUAAUAAGUUAAAGACAAAGUGAUGUCAAGAUUAUUAAAUGUUCAAUUUAUUUGUAUUUAUAUGGGGCUUUUUCACAAUGUUGUGUUAAUUCAAAGCAGCUUUACAUUAAUAGGACAGAAUACAUGACAUUACUGCUAAUUUUAUUUUUAUAAAAAGUUUAAUAGAAGGAUAUUGAUAGAUCAUAGGAUCUGAAUUUUUUAAAAGCAACCUGUUAGUGUGUGCAUAUUUUCUAAAGAUUAUGAAAUUCUGACUUGAGUGUACAGACAUACAAUUUGUGUUAUUACAUAUACAUUUCUUAUUUUCUUAUCCUUUUAUUCUUAAUUAUUCUUUAUUUUGCUCUAUAUUUGAAGAGUUUAUUUCCAAAAUGAGAUUUUUCAAAAAUCUUUUUUUUGGAAUGCACAAUUUUUAUUGUGCAUUCCAAUUGAUAUUAAUUUAAACUGCAGUUGGUUUGUUUUGAUUUAAGCCAUAAUAACUUAAAAAAUACAGCUAACUACUACAAUAAAACACAAUAAAAACACGAUAACAUCAUAAAAAAAGCUUAAAAGUCAUUUUGGAAACAAACUCUUCAUUUACUUUAUAGUUAUAGAUUAUAUUCACUUCUUUGUUAUAUUCUACAUUCUGUUGGAUGCUGCAUUUGUAUUGUCUUCACAAGUAAAUAUGAGUUUGCAGUGGUCUUAUUCUCAAGGUUCAUAAUAACAUCACGAGACAAUGUUGUGAAGCAGUAAUUUCCCACUGUCUAUGUUGGUAUAAUAACACCUGCUCAAUGUGUUUCUAGUCAGAUGAUGUCGGACAAAGUUAGAUGGAGAUAGAGUGAACUCUAGACAGAGUUCUAGGCAGAGCUAGAAUGGGCAACUAUUUUUUCUCUCUACAAUAAACUUUGUUAAUUUAUUACAUCACUUCGUCUCCUGCCUGCUGUUCUUCCACUCUGACAUCCUGCAGGAUAGUUUGAUCUAUCAGUUGAUAGAUCAAAUGAACAAGUAUGAACAAGAUGGAACAACACUACGGCAUCAUUUUGGAUCAAUACCAAGAUAGUAGAAUCUAUCAGAUCAAUCUUAUGGCGUAGUCAGCAGGAUAGUUAGAUAUAUCCGUUUGGGCGUAUGAACAAGAUGUAACAACAGUAUCAUUUUGUAAACAAAAACUGCCCACUGGGGGCAAAACAGGAACUAAAGCAAAAACAAACCAAACUCACAAUGAGGGACAGGGCAAGGCAAGGCAGGAACAAGAUAAUCUAGACGGGGACUAAACACAACAGGGCUACAAAUAGGGAACACUAACGAGGGAAGUUAAUAAGAGGCAGGUGAGGAGAAUCAAACACUAACGGGAAGAUUACACAGGGCAGGUGAGGGGAAUGAAACACUAAUGGGACAAUGACGGGGAAACAAGGGGGCGGGGCCAAAGCAUGAGACAAGAAGACACGUUGCGCCAUGUCAUAACAAACAGCCACGUGUCUCCACACAAGACAUAACACAAGACAUGGUACUGUCACGAGUCACGACCCUGUCCACCAAACUAGAAAACUCUGGACAAGAAGGACAGGAUCAUGACAGGUUUGGCAACAUUAUUGCAUAAAUGCAUAAUAGGCUAUAUGCUUACCAAUCAAUUAAUAAAUUAAACUGUGUCUACCAAAGCGUUUUUAGCCAGCUGAAAUUAUACCUGGUGCUCUUCUGAAAAUGGCCAGCUGGUGGCGCUUGAGAGCGCUUGGAAGCACUGCGCGUUUUUCCAGAGACGCGUUGGUUGCUGUGAUUUGGAAUAUGCGUAUGAUGGUUGGUCAAUGUAGUUAGAUAUAUCCGUUUGGGCGUAUGAACAAGAUGUAACAACACUAUCAUUUUGGAUCAAUAACAAGAUAGUAGAAUCUGUCAGAUCUAUCAAUAUACAUAGAAAAUCAUUUUGUUAAUAUUGAUUUUAUUUUGCAAUUACAGUAAAUUCACCCUGUUGUUGAAUUCUUUUCUGAAUAAUUUGAUAAGUAAAAUCAGUUCUGAGGCUGCUGGAGCACAAUGACACCUCAGGUAUCACGGACAGUCUUGCGGCUGGAGGCAUCAGCAGUCCGUGAACUAAAGGAUGGCAUCAAUUUCAAGAAAAAUCCAGAGGAUGGCAAAUGUUACAUCAUUUACAAAGACAAAGAUAAAGCACGGGCAUGCAAAAACCAAUGCAAGCACCAGGGAGGACUUUUCAUUAAAGAUAUCGAGGACUUAGACGGCAGAACAGUGCAUUGUACUAAACACUACUGGAAACUUGAUGUGUCCAGCAUGGAGUAUGUCAACCCUCCUGACAGCUUUCUUCAAGAUGAACUCGAGGUAGUAAUUUCAGAUACUGAUGGCAGUAUGGAAUUGGUUGAGUUGAAUCCACCAGACCCUUGGACUUUGGACCCCCGAGAGGCACAAGAGCUACAAGCUGGAGAACUCACGUUGACGUACAUGACACACGCGUGCAUGGAUCUUAAAGCGGGAAGCAAGAGGAUGAUGUUUGACCCGUGGCUGACCGGCCCAGCGUUUGCCAGAGGAUGGUGGCUCUUACACGAACCCCCAUCUGACGCCAUGGAGAGACUCUGCCGGGCAGAUCUCAUUUACAUUAGUCACAUGCACUCCGACCAUCUGAGCUACCCGACUUUGAAAUUACUCGCAGAGAAGAAGCCAGAUAUUCCCAUUUAUGUUGGAGACACCUCGCGGCCGGUGUUCUGGUACCUGGAGAGAAGCGGGGUGAACUUAACAAACAUCAACGUUGUGCCUUUCGGCGUAUGGCAGAAUGUCGAUGAGCACCUGAGAUUUAUGAUUCUAAUGGAUGGCGUUCAUCCUGAGAUGGACACAUGUCUAAUCGUGGAAUAUAAAGGUCACAUGAUCCUGAAUACGGUCGACUGCACCCGGCCGAACAACGGGCGUCUUCCACACGGUGUCGACGUGAUGACGAGCGACUUCGCCGGCGGUGCUUCUGGCUUUCCAAUGACUUUCCAUGGUGGGAAAUACACUGAAAGCUGGAAGGCUGAUUUCAUUAAAAAUGAGAGAAAGAAACUGCUGAACUAUAAGACUCAGCUGGUGAAGAGUUUACAGCCCAAGAUCUACUGUCCUUUUGCUGGCUACUUCACAGAAGCCCAUCCCUCAGACCGGUACAUAAAGGAGACAAAUAUUAAGAACAGUGCAGAGGAUCUGAACGCUUCCAUACGCAAGAGCUGUCCAAAUAUCUUAACCUGGACCCCUUUACCCUGUUCUGUGCUGGAUGUGGCUCUGGCUUUAGCAGAUCAAUCCAACAGGGAUGCAAUCACUCAACCCCCAAAUGCUACAAAGAUCUAUAAGGACAGUUGGGACUUUGACUUGUAUGUGGAGGAGCUGAAUGCUGCCAUUUCCAAUGAUAUCUUUAAACACAAAAGCUGGAUCCAGUUUUAUUAUAACUGGGCAGGAUUUAAAGGCUACAAUCUGGUCAUAAAGGUCAUUGAAACGGAUGAUGAUUUCAAGCCGCUGGAUGGAGGGUGUGAUUAUUUAGUGGACUUCAUGGAUCUGUCCUUUCCAGACAAGAGACCGGAGAGAGAUCACCCGUAUGAAGAGAUCAAAAACAGAGUGGGGGUGAUGAGACACGUGGUUGUGACGGGGCGACUCUGGGACGACCUGUACAUCGGCUUCAAUAACAGAAUGAGUCGGGACCCUGAUGUAUACCAUCACAAGUUUUGGAAUCAUUUCCAGACAAAUUUACCUCUAUCAGCUCCAGACUGGGAUAAUUUCCUUCAGACUGGCUGUAAACACACAGAUCUGAAACAGGAGAAUGGUUUCUGUGUGCUGUCUUAAACCUGACAUGUGCCUUAUAUGACCUCAUGACUUUCAAACAGGUCUCCCGAGCACUCCUUCACCGGUCUGAAACUUAUACUUUUAUUAUAGGGUCACUGGGGUUGAUCAUCAUGAUUUAUCAAUCAUACACUUAAGAAUUCUGUUUUAUAACUGUGGUGUGCACACAACACUUGAAAUGAGAUGAUUAACCGGUUUUGUUCAUUGUUUGUCUAACUGAAUUCAAGCUGUUCUUUUAUUUACACAGAUAUGUAUUACACUCUCACAUGCCUUAUGUUAACCAAGUAAGUGCAAUAGUUUCCACCUAUAGCGAAAGACUUCCUUGAUAUAAGUGCCUUUGUAAAAGCAUCUGCUAAAUGUUGUGUUUGAUGUGAUCUAAAUCAUUUUAAACAGAGGGUUUGACCCAGACUUCCAGAUUAGACAGACGACUAUUUAACCCCUGAGCCAUAGAGCUUGUGGUAUUUUGCUGUGAUUUUUCCAAAGGUUCUUUGUUGUCUGUGAUCUACAAAGUUUAAAACAGUGAGACUUGAACCAAGACUUUCAGGUACUUUCAGGUUAAUGAGCUGACAGUUCUAAGUUCUUUCUCUAUUGAAAUGUAAAAGUUUAAAACAGCGGGAUUUGAACCAGAUGUUCAAGUACGAAAGCCAAAUGCUCAACCACUGAGCAAUUGAGUUUGUAGUUAAAGAAUUUUCUGCAUUUUCCUUGUUUUCUGCACUUUAAAAAGACGUGAAAGAAUGAGACUUGAACUAUCAUUUUCGAGAACGAUAGCCAUGGAGUUCAACUGCUGAACCACUGAGCUUGUAGUGGAUUUUUAUGUGGGUUCUUUGUGUUCGUGUGAAUUAAAAAGUUCCUGUGAAAGUGAGAUUUGAAUUUAAGAGCUUCAUGUACCAUAGUCAAGAGUUCUACCAUUCAGCUAUUGACAUUGUUGUGGGACAUGUUGAUGUUUUACUGGGUACUUUGUUUUCUGCUCUUUAAAAAAAGCCUUGAAAGACUGGGACUUGAACCUAGAUUUUCAAAUACUGAAGUAAAGAGUUCAAUCGUUGUGCUUUUGAACUUGUAAUGAAUCGAUGCAUUUUUGUUCAAGUUCUUU